AUGAAUGGAUGCUAUGCCAAUUGUAGUAAUAAGAUCUGGAUCUUUUGGAACUUUGAUGUCUCAUGUUCUAUAUAUGCUAAUGAAGAUCAGCUGGUCACUUGCAAAGUAGAGCAUAAUCCCUCGAACAGUUUCUACUUUAUUUCUGUGGUGUAUGCAAAAUCUACAUCAAGUGGUAAAGAAGAUCUAUGGGGGUACCUGAGGGCUUUAUCUUCUACUAUAGACCACCCAUGGGCUGUUUGUGGAAAUUUCAAUAGUAUAAUUACAAGUGAAGAAAAACAAGGAGGCAAACCUCAUAGAUUGAAUAAAAGUAUCCCUUUCAUCGAGUGUCUACAAGACUGUGGAUUGAUGGAUAUGGGGUAUGUUGGCUGCAAUUUCACAUGGUGUAAUGAAAGAAGUCAUGAUCAAAUCAUUUGGAAAAGAUUAGAUAUGGUAGUGGUUAAUGACAAUUGGAAUGGUUUAUUUCCUAUCACAGAAGUGCUUCAUCUUCCUAGAGUGAGCUCAGACCACUGUCCCAUCUUAAUCUCAUAUGGCAACCAAAAUGAGAAUCACAUCAAAUAUUUUAGGUUCCUCAACUUCUGGGUAGAUCAAGAUGACUUCCUAGAGGUAGUGAAGAGUAACUGGAUUAAUCAUACUGAAGGAAAUGUUAUGUGGAACAUCCAACAAAAAAUGAAAAAUACUAGCAAAGCUCUGAGCAAUUGGUCUAGAAACAACAUUGGAGAUAUUUUCCUGAAAGAGCAGCAGAUGGGGGAUUUGAUUAACCAAUAUGAAGAAUCAUACUUACAAACUCUCAAUGAAGAUGAUAGAAUGAUGCUUCAUAAAUAUAAAGCUGAGCUAAUAGUUCAUCAUAAGAAGGUAGACUCCUAUUGGAGGCAAAAAGCAAAUCUCAAGUGGGAAGUAGAAGGUGACAACAAUACUAAAUUCUUCCAUUCGGUUAUCAGAGAUAGAAGAAGCAGACUGCAUAUUCACAGAAUUCAAGAGGGGGAAGAUUGGAUAGAAGGGGAAGAAAAUAUUGCUACUGCUGCUAUAAAUUUCUAUCAGGAUUUUAUUUUCUCAGGACAAUACCAUCAUUGA